AUGCCAAACGUAGAGACAAGAGGCAGACAUCAGUCAGGCAAGGAGCUAAAGCCCUCCUCGAGUCCCCCCGUCCAGGGGUCCGUCCACGAGUGCCACUGCUCAGUGCUCAACCUCCAGCAACUGUCUCAGCAUCAGACGACGGGCCAACGCCUCAGCCAAAUGACGGGGCUUCCUCCCGAGCUUCGUCCCCGAACGACGACGUUCAGACCAGGGGACCUCCGCGCUUCCUUCUGUAUGAUGUUUGCUAAGAGAGUGCGAACUGCUGAACCGCUGGGCCUGAACCUGGACGACCGCAGCAUGCAGGACGCGGGAGGCAACAUGCAGGCACCGCAGGCACUGCAGAUGUGCAGUGCAGUCCAAGUAUCCGUAGCGAAUAAUACCUCCGAGCCAACGAAUAUCUCGUGCAACGUGCAAGUCGACACUGGGAUGCCUAUCCUCUCCUCUUCAAGGGGGCCCAGGGCCCGGGGAGCUACUGAGGUGCUGUCCCGGGCUAGCGACGCCAAGUAA